AUGGAGGAACAUAGACAUAGAUCAGGUACAUUUAAACAACAAAAUAAACCAUUCAAAAGUGGUAAGCAUGAUAGCAAAGGUGCAAUCAAGCGUAGAACCGAAGGUAAAGUCGAAACGAGAAAGAGUAUAAAGUCAUUGGCCGUCGUACCCAAUCGUCAAGAGAUCCUUCGUCAAAAGGCUUCAAAAAUGAACUCAUCUAAAAAGGCUGAUGCUAUCGAAAGAAAGAGAUUAGGUUUACCUGAUUUGGCUGAACCAAGAAUAGUUUCAAUUAUACCAUUAACAGAUAAUGUUAAUAUUGAAAACAUAAAGACAUUAAUUAUGACAAAAUAUGGAAUGGAUCAAUCAAAUGUAAUGGUUGACCAAUCAUCGUCAUCAUAUACAACAUUAUGUUUGGGAUCAAAUGGAAAGACUAGAAUAACAUUACUUGUUUGCAACAGUAGAGAGGUAUCAGAGAUGGUUGAGUUUGCAAAGGUAUCGGAUAUUAUAUUGUUUGCAGUCGAUGUAUCUGGAUGCUCACAACAAGUACAACAACAACAAUUUGCUGAAUUCAAAUUGGACAAUCAAGCCGAACGUUUAUUAUCAGUCAUCAAAGCACAAGGUGUGCCAUCGUCGAUGCUCCUCAUGCAAGGAUUCGAACAAGUACCCGUCAAGAGACGUAACGACGUCAAAAAGGUCAUCACUGCCACCUACCACUUCCAGUUCCCAGGUGAACCAAAGGUUCUCCCCAUCGAUUCAGAGGAAGAUGCUCAAAUGGUACUCCGUUUCCUCGAGACUAUGCAUGUCAAUGAAAUCCUCUGGCGUCACAUGCGUCCAUACAUUAUGAUUGAAAAUAUGAUCGACAUUAGAAAGGGUUCGGUUGCUAUCGAAGGUUACCUAAGAGGUAAUCAUUUAAAUGCAAAACAAUUAAUUUAUAUUCCUGAAAUUGGUGAUUUCCAAAUUGAAAAGAUUGAAAAAUUAAAAGAUAAUAAUGUAAAGAAUCAACACAAGAAUCAAUCAGAUGAAUUGGUACUUUUGGAUUCAAGUACAUUGGAGGAAAGAGAAUCGAUUGAUUGUGUCAAUGUUCCAGAUUUGAAUGAACAAGAACAAACCAUGCCAUCCAACGAGGAAAUUGAAAUGGCUCAAAAGAAAAUCAGAGUACCAAAGGGAACUUCAGAGUAUCAAGCUCAUUGGUAUUUGGAUGAAGAUGGAGGUUUACAAGAAGAAGCAGAAGAGGAUGAUGAAGACGAAGAACAAGUAUACGAUCAAGAAAUGAACGAAGAUUUAAAUCGUCAAGAUGAAAUGAUGAACCAAGAGAUGAAUGAUGACGAUGUUGACGAUCACCCAAUCGAAGGACAACUCGCCGGCGCUGGUGAGGAAGAGGAAUUUGAAGACUUGAAUAUCAUUCAAGACAAGUGGAAGGGUGUCACCAAGGACGACUACAAAAAGAUGUUAAAGGAAAAGGAAGAGUUGGAGAUGGACGAUGAAAGAGAACGUUCCGACGAACAAAACGAAAUGCAUUUCCCAGACGAAAUCGAAAGUCCAGAGGAUUUCCCAUGCAGAAUCCGUUUUUCCAAAUACAGAGGUCUAAAGUCAUUCCGUACAUCGCCAUGGGACGCAAGAGAGAACUUGCCCAUUGACUAUGCCCGUAUUUCCCAAUUCCACUCAUACAACCAAUCGAUGCGUCGUUCCAUCGAAGUGCAAAAUGCAUCACCCGUCAAGUAUGGCACUUUGGUCCGCAUCACACUCGUCCAAGGACAAGGCCCACAAGCCACCAUCCUCCCCACCGUCCAAGAGAUCAAGGCUCGUCAAACCACCAAGCAAGCCCCCAUUAUCGCCACUGGUCUCUUGAGAUACGAAAACAAGGUAUCAGUCCUCCACUUUUCACUCGAGAAACAUCGUCUCUACGAACCACCCGUCAAGAGCAAGGAAGAGGUUGUCUUCCACGUUGGUUUUAGAAAAUACUCUACUCGUCCCAUCUACUCGCUCUCUGCACCAAACUGCGAUAAACAAAAAUUCGAAAAGUUCCUUUUACCAGGCCGUAAUGCCAUGGCCACCAUCUAUGCCCCAAUUACCUUUGUACCCGCCCCCCUCGUCGUCUUUAGCGACUCGUCGUGCUCAGAGUUGGUCGCCACUGGUCGUCUCGUCUCGGUCAACCCCGAUCGUAUCAUUGCCAAGCGUAUUCUCUUGACUGGUCGUAUAGCCAAGGCCAUCUCGAGAAAGUUUGCCGUCGUUCGUGAUAUGUUUUACUUCCCAGAAGAUAUCGAUUGGUUCAAAAAGGUUGAACUCUUUACAAAGAUGGGUCGUGUCGGUCAUAUCCGUGAAUCUCUCGGUACUCACGGUUACAUGAAAUGUACAUUUGACGGUACCAUGCAUCAACAAGAUACUAUUUGCAUGUCCCUCUAUAAACGUGUUUUCCCUAAAUGGUUGUAUGAUGAAAAUGGUGUUAAAAUAAACUAA